UUUUCUACUUAAACUUUUGUUGUGUAUCUCAUUUAUUUUUAUAACACCCUCAAAAAAUAAUAUAUUAUUAUUUCGGCAACUACUUAUUGCAUGGUUUCAUUUUCGUAAAUUUUAGGUUCCAUAGGAGAAGCUUUCGUAAAGAAAGUUUACUUGCAGAGCUUAUUGCCAAAAGAAGACAUGUUAAAUCAAGUGCAAAAUUCCGUUGAAAAUCGUGAAACCAAUUGUUCAAUGGAAGCAAUAAAUGAUCUCAUGGAUUCUGAUGAAGAGAUUGUUUCCGGAGAUGAACAUGCUGUGGAAGCUUUGGAAAAUGAAAAGAAAUGGCCCACCGAAAAAGUUAAGUUUUUACUCAACGUUUAUGAGGAAGUUUGGGAAAAUCCGGCCAAUAAAAAAAAGAUUCCUAAAUCUUUGUGGGAAAUUGUCACGAAACGGUUAAACGAGAUUGGUGUUAAAUGCUCUGUUAAAGAUUGUACUGACAAAUUUAAGAGCCUGAAGAAAACGUACAAAAAUCAAAAAAAAAAGAAAGAAACUUCUGGGGAAGGGAGGAGUACGAAAUGGGAACAUUACGAUGCCAUGCAUAAUUUGUUAUAUAAAAAGCCUGAGAUGAAUCCAGUCGCUACUUCCUCUAACAUAACUGGAUUUAAAAAAGGACUAAAAGAAUCGAUCAAUGGUCCGACUGAUGUUUCAAGUGAUGCUGAGGAAAAAAUAAAGCAACCACGUAAAAGGAAACAUCAAUCGGACGUAGAAAAAGUUCUGGAAUUUAUGAAGGAGAAGGAAGAAAAAAAGGAAAAGUUCCUAGAACGUUUCUUGUCCGUGUUGGAGAAAAAAUAAGUCAUAUUUUAGUACUUGUUAAUUGAUUGGUUUCCUUAUCGUCA